AUGGUUAGUUCAGAAGGAAAGGUCAGAUAGAUUUGACAAGCGCCGGAGAUUAUGGAAAUGAAGGCGGCACCAUCUCAUCUUGGUUUCCACAUGCCUGCAGAAUGGGAACCCCAUUCCCAGUGCUGGAUGGGUUGGCCUGAACGUCCUGAUAAUUGGCGAGACAAUGCAAAGCACGCCCAACAUGUGUUUGCGAAGGUCGCAACUGCAAUCUCCAAGUUCGAGCCCGUCACCGUCUGCGCAAGUGCUGCUCAGUGGGAGAAUGCACGAAAUCAGUUGCCAACAAAUAUCAGGGUUCUUGAGAUGAGCAUGAAUGACUCUUGGUUCCGCGAUAUCGGUCCAACUUUUGUUGUAAGGAAAAGAGAAGUGAAUUCGGAUAAUACCGAGCACAAGGUUGCCGGGAUCGAUUGGAAUUUCAAUAGCUGGGGAGGGGUUGAUGAUGGUUGUUAUACAGAUUGGACACAUGACCUCUUUGUGGCAAGGAAGAUACUGGGAAAUGAGAGGCUUCCAAGAUUUCCACAUACGAUGAUUCUCGAAGGAGGAAGUAUACACGUAGACGGAGAAGGAACUUGCCUUACGACCGAGGAGUGCCUUUUGAACGAAAACAGGAACCCGAAUAUGUCGAAAAAGCAAAUAGAGGAUGAACUUAAGGCAUAUCUUGGAGUCAAGAAGGUUAUUUGGUUGCCUUGCGGAUUAUAUGGUGACGAUGAUACUAAUGGUCAUAUCGAUAACAUGUGCUGCUUUGCAAAGCCUGGUGUUGUUCUGUUGUCUUGGACUGAUGAUGAAACCGACCCUCAAUAUGAACGUUCCGUGGAAGCCUUCUCUGUUCUCUCAAACGAAAGAGACGCAUGCGGUCGGAAACUAGAAAUCAUCAAACUCCAUGUUCCGGGGCCGCUUUUUAUGUCGGAUGAAGAAGCUGCCGGAGUUGCUCAAGAUGGCGAGGCGAAACCGAGACUUCCGGGUACAAGACUUGCUGCAUCUUACGUCAACUUCUAUAUCGCCAAUGGAGCAAUCAUCACGCCGCAAUUCGGGGACCAAAAGUGGGACGACGAAGCAGUCCGGGUCCUUUCUCGAGCUUUUCCAAACUAUGAAGUUGUAAGAAUCGAUGGUGCUCGAGAAAUCGUCCUGGGAGGCGGAAAUAUACACUGCAUUACUCAGCAACACCCGGCUGUCUGAGACUUCGACCGGAAAAACUGGCGGUCCUUGUUUGAUUGGUGGCCGAGUUUCUGCAGCAGAAGAUUUGGGUUGUAUAAAUAAAACACCAUUUUUACAAACCUAUACACCAACACAAAAGUUGCAGUAAUUUAUCAAUGGAUACUCACUAUUGUCUAAAAGCACUCAGACAUUUUUGUGUUAAAUGAAUAAAUACAACAGUCCGGAAUGGACUGAAGGUUAACGA